AUGACAGCAAGAACUAAGACAGUCUACGGAUUGCGAGUAAACAGGCGAGAAACGUUUGUGGGGUGAGACAAACCGUAUCCAGUAACUACCUCUGUGGGUAAAGUACGUACAUGAAACCCACGUGGUCAAUCAAAACAUCAUGGCGGCUGGUUUUAAGACGGCUGAGCCUCUGGAGUAUCACAGGAGCUUUCUGAAAGAAAACUGUAGACCUGAUGGACGGGUGCUCUCAGAAUUCAGAACCACCACACUGAAUAUAGGCUCCAUUUCAACUGCAGACGGUUCAGCCCUGGUGAAGGUUGGGAGCACCACAGUCAUUUGUGGGAUCAAAGCGGAGUUGGCGAACCCCGCAGUGGAGACGCCUGGUAAAGGCUACAUCGUGCCGAAUGUGGACCUGCCUCCUCUGUGUUCAUCUCGCUUUCGACCGGGUCCACCGGGAGAACAGGCCCAGGCUGCAAGCCAGUUCAUUGCUGAUGUAAUCGAAAGUUCUGAAGUGAUAGAUACAGAGGAUCUGUGCAUCGAAAGAGGAAAGCUCUGCUGGGUGCUCUACUGCGACAUAAUAUGUCUUGACUACGAUGGGAAUAUAUUGGAUGCUUGUGUCAUCGCCCUGCUGGCUGCCCUCAAAAACACAAAACUCCCAGAGGUCACUGUCAACACAGAGACAUCUACACCAGAGGUUAACGUAGAAAAGAGAAGCCUGCUGCACAUUCACAAACACCCAGUCGCUGCUUCGUUUUGUGUUUUCGAUGACUCCAUUCUGAUCGUAGACCCCACAGACGAGGAGGAGAAACUUUCAACUGCUCAGCUGACUGUGGUGACCGAUGAGGAAGGUCAGCUCUGCUCUGUGCACAAACCAGGUGGAACGUCACUUUCAGGAGAGAAACUGCAGGAAUGUAUCAGCCGAGCAACAGCGCGGCAGAGAGAGAUCCAAAAACUAAUCGACAAAGUCAUAAAAAGUAUAAAAACAGCCAAAUAAAGAGGCUCAGACAAAGCUUUUUUUAUCUAAAAGCUGUAUUUUUCACUGUCAAUAUAUAUUCUUUUUUUAAUAACAAUAAAACUGCUGACAAAGA